CAUAACUCUAAUAUAGGCUAUGAAUGACGCAAAUAAAUACAUUCUACUAGAUUGUAAAGAUGCGGUUCUGCGGGGCCAGUCUUGGAACAGCAGCGGUAAAGUCGGGUGUGAACCCGAGCUUUCAGCUCUUCAAGUCCGGGUGUCGCUCCAGGGUCGCGAGCUAUGGGAACAAUUUGGCGAUAUAGGAACUGAGAUGCUCAUCACCAAAACAGGAAGGCGUAUGUUUCCGAGCUGCAGAGUCACUGUGACAGGGUUGAAUCCUCAGGCAAAGUAUGUGUUGAUGAUGGACAUGGUCUCGUUUGAUGACGACAAAUACAAGUGGAGCAGGGAUCGCUGGGAAGUGAGUGGUAUGACCGAGUCACAUCUUCCCAACCGCUUCUUCAUCCACCCAGACUCUCCCUCCCUGGGGGAGAGGUGGAUGCAAUACCCCGUCUCGUUCCACAAGCUCAAACUCACCAACAACACCCUCAACUCCAGUGGCCUGGUGGUUCUUCACUCCAUGCAUAAGUACCAGCCCCGUCUGCACAUCGUCCAAUCUCUAGACCCCUACAACCCUCUGUCAGGGGGCUACCUGCGCUUUACCUUCCCCGAGGCAGCCUUCAUAGCUGUCACUGCCUACCAGAACUCAGAGAUAACAAAGCUCAAGAUAGACAACAACCCCUUUGCAAAAGGAUUUUGUGACAAUGGGCUGAACAGAAAAAGGUUCAGAGAAAAGGAAGGUCAGAGCUCCGAAAAACUAAAUGAAAGACAACUCCAGAUGGAAUUGGAAUCUUCAAAUGGAUCCAGGCCAGUGGAGUCAGAUGAUGAGGCUGAUGUCAUCGUCUCAAGCUCUAGCUCAGUGAAUUCUUAUGGUGCAGCAGGAUCCAGGACUGAUGACAUCACGUCUCUCUCUGCUGCACAUAACCCCUUAAUCUCUGCCUUCGUGAACUGGGGGGCUGCGGCUGCAGCCCUGCCCUGUGGCCAGGAGGGAUGGGGGGUCCAGGACACAAUGACCCACAACACCCACACAUACAACACACUUACUACCAGGGACUAUGGCAGCCCUGGGCAGCAUAACAAAGCCAGGCAUACUGGUUUAUCAAACGUUGCUUCUCCUCUCUUCCUCCCACACCCUCCACUGGGCCAGACUCACCACCUAGGGUCUGUUGGCUUCAGGAGGCCCCAGGCGCAGAGCAGGAAACCAGUGGGGCCUCACCCACUUCACCACCGAGGAGGUCCAAGUGGUCCAGUACCAGAACUCUCCCAUAGCCAUAGCCACACAUCAGACCACCAGCCUCAGCAGCAGCAGCCACAGACCCAUCAGGCUGAGUUUGACUACCCUCUCCCCCUGCCCCCAAAGGUCAGCAGGAUGCACCUACCUGAGAGUGCCCUGCGUAGCCUGGAGAAGAGCCCCUCCCCUUCGGUGUCCUGCAGCCCUUGGUCCCUCACCGACAUGCUCAACAGGAUCCAAAGCAGGGAAGGGUUUGGGAUCAACUCAGUGAUCCCCCAGGGGAAGCUGCUCCAUGCCCAGACCCAGUAUGAGAGGCCAGGCCUGGAGCUGGGGGUGAACAAGGAGCUCCGGCCACCACACCCUCUCCACAACAUGAUACGCUACCACCAGAACAGCUUGAUUGGUUCUGCUGGGCUGCUAAGAGACAACUAUGUGGACCCUAGAGUGCCCUCCUGUAAGUCACCUAUGCUCGUCCUGUAAGUCACCUAUGCUCGACCUGUAAGUGAUCUCUUGUUCAGUAAACACAACAGGUCAGGUAGACAUGAACAUUUUCCCCCACCACUUGUGGACAUCUAGCAACAUCCCUGGGUAGACUUGAGGCAAAUUAAUAUGCAAUAUUGAGUCAUGUAUAGUUAAUUUCCCUUUGCUAUGUAAAUCAUAUUUUUCAGUUGUAAAAUAGGGAAGUGGUUUGCUAGGAUAAGGAACUGGGGACUCUUUUGCCCUGACAUUAGAUUUGUAUCGUUUGUAAGGGGAGCUAACAACUAUGCAAUAGAUUUGCAUGUCUUAACCGUCAACAUGUUUCCCCACUUUCUUGGGACAUUGUAAUUAACAGUAAAUAAUGAGUGAGAUUAUAUGUGAGAUGUGAAUGCAGAAGAGCAGUGGUUAAUCAAACAUACAAAAUUGUUUUUUUUGUUUUGAUGUUAAGGCUGAUAACAUUAGCCAUAUCCAUACUGUAUGUGUCGUUGUCAUGCUAGACAAGUUGGCUACAGCAUGUACAGCAUAAGAGUUAUGGGACGAGGAUAAUGUAACAGGCCACUGGUAACUGAUUCUCUGAAAGAAUACUGAGGAAACUGUAUGAGGUGGCAGAAUAUUUAUUACAGGGAAGUGAAUCAUACUUUGCAACAGCAAGACUGGAGGAUAUGAGGGUCACAUGUUCACAUGCUGAAAUAUCCAUUUGGGACCAGUUUUCCAGUAGUAUGUAAUGUAACAAUCUAUAUAAAUCCAAAAUAGACAAAUUCACAUAAACACAUUUAUUAAGUUUGAAUAGAUAUUGUAUAUUUCAAUAAUGUGCAAUCUUUUUAAAAAUAUAAAUACACUGCAUUCGGAAAGUAUUCAGACCCGGUUAUACAUGUGUGCAAAUUUACAAAAAAAAAAAACUGAAAUAUCAUAUUUACUUAAGCAUUCAGACCCUUUACUCUGUACUUUGUUGAAACACCUUUGGCAGCAAUUACAGCCUCGAGUCUUCUUGGGUAUGACGCGACAAGCUUAGCACACCUGUAUUUGGGGAGUUUCUCCCAUUCUUCUCUAUAGAUCCUCUCAAGCUCUGUCAGGUUGAAUGGGGAGCGUCGCUGCACAUCUAUUUUCAGAUCUCUCCAGAGAUUUUCGAUCGCGUUCAAGUCCGAGCUCUGGCUGGGCCACUCAAGCACAUUCAGAGACUAGUCCCGAAGCCACUCCUGCGUUGUCUUUGCUGUGUGCUUACGGUCAUUGUCCUAUUGGAAGGUGAACCUGAGGUCUGAGGUCCUGAGCACUCUGGAGCAGAUUUUCAUCAAGGAUCGCUUUGUACUUUGCUCUGUUCAUUUUUCCCUCGACCCUAACUAGUCUCCCAGUUUCUGCCGCUGAAAAACAUGCUUCACCGUAGGGAUGGUGCCAGGUUCCCUCCAGACUUGACGCUUGUCAUUCAGGACAAAGAGUUGAAUCUUGGUUUCAUCAGACCGGAGAGUGGCUUCCGUCUGGACAUAACCAUAAAGGUCUGAUUGGUGGAGUGCUGCAGAGAUGGUUAUCCUUCUGGAAGGAAAAGUCAAAUGUAGAAUAAGUCAAGGAGUCUGAACACUUUCCGAAUGCACUGUAUAUACUCUAUAGAUAAAGAUAAUAGUUAAAGGCAUACAAUGUUUGGUCUUCAACUACAUUCUAGAUCCGAAAGGUAGAUUUACCUGAACUGAAAGCUGCUUCUACUCCGCUGAAAUCAAAUGACACUAUCCAUAAUACACAAUGCCAUUUUUUUAAAGAACAUUGGCACAAAAUGUUUUUCAGCUGAACAAAAACACAUUUUGAUCAGGGAAAGACUUCAGUAUGUUUAGAUAGAACAUUACCCCACAACAUAAGGGGCAUAGAAAGAAAUUAGUUGGUGGAUGGGCCUGCAGAAAUAUGGAUGGGGCAUAUUGUAUAAUUUUUGUUUUGUUUUUGGGCCUGGCUCCCCAGUGGGUGGACCUGUGUCCACCCAUGCCUACGGCCCCGUUCAACAUUUCCAACUUUCUACAAUUCAAACCAGACAUUUCAUCAAACAGAAUACAGGUUGCAUUCUGGUUUCCAGUACUGUAUCACACAAUUUAUCACUUCAAAAUGUUACGGUCUGGUCUAAGAUGUAAAUCUUACAUCAGAGAAUAUAAUAAAAGCACAAUAAAAUAAAUACAGUAUUUCCAAAGAAACACUUUUGGUGAUCAGUAGGGAUUAGAUUCUCCCCCACACCAGCGAUAUACCACCGUUGGCAUUGGCAGCAGGUAACAUUACUGUAAAAUAAAAUGCAUUUGCCUGACUACACAAACGGAAUUAUUCCGUUGAGCUAUGUUCGCUACAUACUUUGGUGCAUUGGUGAAUACAUAUCUGCAUUGGUGAAGUCAAUUGUGGUGAUGUCAAAAUGAAGGGUGGAAUUCAUUCUUAUUUAUAUGGUUGUACAAAACAAAGUCAUCAGUGAUUGGAUCAUCUCUAACCAAUCAGAGUAUUAAAGCCAAUGACACAUUUUAAAAAUGCCACUUUACAAUUUGUUCUGGUUCUGGCCCAACCCUUCAGUUUCUGGGACCAAUCAGAUUUGAAUGAGUUGCAUUCUAGACAUCAUUGGGGAGGUACUUUCUAUAAUAGAGCCCCACAGUGGUGGUGUCAUAAAACCCAUAAAACAAAGUGGUCAAACAGGGAAAUGGUUUCAAUCGUUUUCCCAACAUUCAUUUUUUCCCAUAGGGAAUUUUAUAAACACUUGAAAUAAGGGCUGUGUUUCGUGAAGGCUUACCCUGGCAUGACAUUUUGACAACCAUGUAAAUCUCUCUUGGACAAGGUGACUUUUAGCAAUAUAUUUACACUCAGAUUUGAAAAUGCUAAUUAGUAUCAAAGUAGACAAUGCAAGACUACACAUCCCUGCAAGCUCCUACACGUCAUCUCUAGCUGACACCUUUGCUAACAGGUAUUGUGUCAAUUUAAAACUCGCACAAGACUCACAGAAUUGUCAAUUUAAAGAAAUGUAGCCAAUUGAUUAAUUACUAAAUUUAGCUAACAUUAGAUAGUUUAUCCUGAGAUUCUUACCUUUGCCUCGAUUUGGCAGUUUUGUUCAGAUCAUCAUGGCAUUUGUAGUUCUUUAUGAUAGCCACAUUAGCAGAUAAUUAGCAUUUCAUUUUUUGGGGGUAAAUACAGGCUACUAUAUUGAUAAAAAUCACCUUGUCCUAGAGAUAAUUAUUUCAUUAUUAUUUCUUUUUUCUUUUUCGGGGACAAAAUAUACUUGUUUUUGUCCUAGAGAGAUUUACACGGUUAUCACAACG